UCUUGCUCCUCCGCCCCACAGUCGGUCGUCCCCCCCCCACACACUCCCGAUCUCGUCCCUCGCCCGCUCACGACCAUCUCGCCAUGUCGUCCAAGGAAUGGAACGUGCCUGCCUCUCUCGUCAGCAAGCGCACCAAGAAUCCCAUCCGCGCCAUCGUCGACCACCUCAAGGUCGUUCCCAACAAGGAGAAGCAUUUCAUCUCGCUCGCCCUCGGUGACCCCACAACCUUUGGCAACUUCAAACUGGAGGAGAGUUGCGUCGAUGCCGUCAAGUCUCAUCUUUUGAGCUACAAGGCCAACGGCUAUCCCCCUUCCAUUGGGUACCCCCAGGCUCGUGAAGCCCUCGCCAAGCACUAUACCACCCCCGAAGCCCCGUUGACUGCCAACGACGUUGUCAUCGGCAGUGGAUGCAGCGAUGCCUUGAAUCUUUGCAUCGGCGCCAUCGCCAACGAAGGACAGAACAUCCUCCUCCCAUGUCCCGGCUUCUCUCUCUAUGAGACCCUUGCCAGUUCCAAAGGCAUCGAGUGUCGCUUCUACAACCUGCUGCCGGGAAAAUCCUGGGAGAUUGAUGUCCCCCACCUGGAGAGCCUGAUCGACAAAAACACAGCCGCUAUUUUGAUCAACAACCCCAGCAACCCUUGUGGCUCUGUGUACAAAAAAUCCCAUUUGCUCGAGAUUUUGUCUGUCUGCGACAAGCACAAGAUCCCUCUCAUCUCUGAUGAAAUCUACGCCGACAUGGCCUUUGAAGGACACGAGUUCAUUCCCAUCGCCACUCUGACCAAGACCGUGCCUGUGCUGACCUGUGGUGGUCUGGCCAAGAAGUUCCUCGUUCCUGGCUGGUGUGUAGGAUGGGUCUUGAUCCAUGACCGCAACAACAUCUUCCAUGAGAUUCGCCAAGGAAUCGUCAGCCUCUCUCAGCUUACUCUCGGAGCCAACUCGCUCAUCACUGCCUCCAUCCCCGACUUGCUGAACGCACCCAAGGAGUUUUAUCAGGCCACGAUGGCCCAGCUUGAGGCCAACGCUCGUGUCAGCAAGGAGCUCCUGAGCAACAUCCCUGGCUUGGUUCCUGUCUUCCCCCAGGGCGCCAUGUACCUUAUGGUCGAGAUCCAGCUCGAUCAGUUCCGCGAUAUCACCAGCGACCUUGACUUUGUUGAGAAGCUUGCUGGCGAGGAGUCGGUCCUCUGUCUCCCUGGAAAGUGCUUCCGAUGCCCCAAGCCCUUCAUUCGAAUUGUCUUCACCCCUCCCAAGGACCAGCUUGCUAUUGCCUACCAGCGCAUCCGCGAGUUCUGCAAGCGCCAUCACAUUUGAGCACACGAUCUCAAGGCUCGCCCACCCCAUCAAUACAAACAUGUUCAGACAAUAUCGACGCCUUCCCUAUGAGAGAUAGCACCGAUUCUUGCUGCCCUUUCGGCCUGCAGUCCAGCGGCACUGUCGCCGUG